UGUUUUCAGUUUUAAUCGGUUGAAAAUCACACAGAGGGCGUCUCUCUCUCAGAUUUGUGUUUUGUUCACAAAUCAGUUUAAUUCCGUGUUGGUAAACACUUGUACUUUGCCAAGAUAAUCCAUCCACCUGACAGGUGUGGCAUAUCAAGAUGCUGAUUAGCGGCCGCGUGAUUAUUGCACAGGUGUGACUUGGUCACAAUCAGAGGCCGCUGUAAAAUGUGCUGAUCCGUGUGAGAAAUGACGGUUGUGCUGCUGAAUGAAAUGUUGGACUUGUCCAGAUUAGUCCUGCUCUCAGUCCUGAACCACGAAACGCUGCUUUAGUAGAAACAGACUGACCACACACAGAGACAGGACUCACACAGUCUCUUCCUCUGUGGAUGAACGUGUCGGUAGGGGUCGCUAAUGUCCGUGUGAACGCAGCAGAAGAAGAAGCGACAGAGUCUCCAGCUCUUGUGUUCAUCAGCACCGUUCAGACUGGGAUUUCUUCCUCUGCUCGGCUUCAUCUGCAGCGCUUUCUCUGCUGGAAAUUAACCGCUGGAGACGGAGCUUCGUCGGGAAGAGCGCGGAGCUUUUGCCCCUGAUUAAAGGACACCAUGGUUUACUUCUGGAUACACACCGUGUGGAUCCCCGGCGUCGCUUUCCUCUUUGGAUUUCAAGGAUUCCCUGUCCGGAGUGUGGAUAUGCAGCGGGCCACCGACAACAUCACCAUCCGCCAGGGCGACACGGCGAUCAUAAGGUGUUACGUUGAUGACAAAGUGUCCAAGGUGGCCUGGCUCAAUCGAUCCAACAUCAUCUUUGCCGGUCAGGACAAGUGGUCCCUGGACCCCAGAGUAGAUCUGGUCACUAAAGGACAGCUGGAGUACAGCCUGCGCAUACAAAAGGUGGACGUGUAUGACGAGGGCUCGUACACCUGCUCCAUACAGACUAAGCAGCAGCCCAAGACCUCGCAGGUGUACCUCAUUGUACAAGUUCCUGCCAACAUCUACAAAGUGUCAGAAGACAUCACAGUGAACGAGGGCAGCAACGUGACACUCAGUUGUUUGGCCAGUGGAAGGCCGGACCCUGCAAUCACCUGGCGGCUGCUCAACCCCUCAGCGGAGCCGUUGGACGGCGAGGAGUACCUGGACAUUAUAGGUAUCAUGCGAAACCAAGCGGGUCGCUACGAAUGCAAGGCCAGCAACGACGUCGCCACGCCGGAUGUCAAAUACGUCAACGUGGUUGUCAACUACCCUCCGACAAUAAAGAAAACCCAGAGUUCAGAGACUCUGGUGGGCCGCAUGGGGACGCUGCAGUGCGACGCCACCGCCGUGCCCACACCGGAGUUCGAAUGGUACAGGGACGAAAAAAGGCUGUCCAAUGCCCAGGGCAUCAAUAUCCAAAUUCUUGGCACCACCACUAUUCUCAUGAUUGCCAAUGUCACCGAAGAGGAUUAUGGGAACUAUACCUGUGUGGCCUCGAACCGACUGGGCGUCCAGAAUGCCAGCCUUUUCCUCUAUAGACCCGGGACAGGUCGAGAUAUCAACGGCGUUGCCUGUGUAUCUCAAUCACUGUGGCUCCUGUUGGCCUCCUUCGCCUGCCUUUUCUUCAAGUGUUAAUACCACUGUCCUCCUCUUCCUACUCCUCCUCUUCCUCCUCUCCCCUCCUGGCCUUCCUUCCUUCCUUCCUCCCUUCCUUCCUUCCUCCUCCUCCUCCUCCUUCUCUCAAACUCACCGACAUCCUUAUUGCUACCUUAUUACCAACUUUACCGCCCUUCCAGACUGUUUGCAUCAUGAUACGAAAACCUUACGUGCUCUCGAGCACUGCUUACAGAUAUUAUGAAAAGCGAUGGGUUGUGAGUAAAAUGUGAUGAUAACAACAACAAAAAACACAGUGAAAUGAAGGACAGAACAAGCAAACAGUGCUCUUUUAAAGAAAUGCAUUGCUCUUUUUAAUUCGUAUGCACUUCUUUGUUUCUGCUAUACAGUAUCUUGUCUUUGGGGGUCUGGAUCGGGUUUGGGAUUUGUCGUAUUUUUUUGUCUUCAUGGGAUUGAAAGCAGAGGCGCCUCGCUCGCAGGGAUGCCAACAAUCAUUUGUCUCUAGAAGUACUGAAGACAUAACGUAUAUUUCCUCUUACUCCCAUUAUGUUAACUUAAAAAUGUAGAUUUAACCGAGUGUUUAACCAGUACAUUAAUGAGCAACAUGCAAACUAUCUGCCAAAUAUACAUAUAGAUUUGAAACUAACACAUACAGAAAUCAAAGGGAGAACACAGCAGCUGAUUCUGUAAUCAGAUUAAAGCUUAAUAUUACAACCGUAAUCUGAUGCUACCAGGCUGAAACACAGAUAUUCAGAGUUAGCAGGGUACCUCUCCGAUCAGUGACAUUGUUCCUAGAUGCAGCAGUCGUUUGGGUUGUUGCCGUCCAGCCCAGAAAUUGAGGAUGCAGUGAAUAGAAUCGACUCGAUCCCAUUGAGCGACAAACCUGAGGAAAUUUAGUUUAACUGGUGACGGAUAUCUACAUCCUCAUUCAGUGGCUUUGCAACCACUCGCCUUUAUUCCAAAAGAAUUCCUUAUUUCUUUUGCAGCAGGACUCUCACUUAGAACAAAAAGAAACCACAGUAGGUUAUAACGACGCGUACUGUACAUAGUAAAAAUUUUGUAUUUCUCUAUGAUAAGACAACUUGUUCUGCCCCUGUAACAACAGGAAACAGAGGAGAUUGUUGCAACCGACAGGCUGCAGCUGCAGUUCAGCUCCGUAUACUGUACCACAGACAGUGUUUGCUUUUAGUUUAUGAGUUUUAGAAUCAUUCUUCUAUACUGCUGGAAUUUGGAUAUAUAUAUAAAAAAAAGUAUGACACCAAUGAAUGACUUACUUUUUAGUUCUUCUCUUUCAAAGAAGUAUGUGUGUUUUAAUAUGAAAUGAUACAGAACAAUUCAUAAUAUAUUGAUAUUGAGGUUAUUUUUUUCUGUCUUUACCUCAUGCAUUUUAGUUGUGUGUGUAUAUAUACUUGAAUCCAAUGUCCUGAGACCAUAUGAAAAGGAAAAAAAUCUCAUGUGUCCAUGUUUCUGAAUAGGGUAGCAAUUUGUCAACGAUGAAUAAUUCGUAGAUUUCUUGAACUGGCCGCCCUGUUCCAUCAUGUGAACUGAAGCCCAUUAGACGACGAUGUUUAAAAAAAAAUAAGGUCUAGCAUAAAAAGAAGAUAGUUUUGUGCAGUUAUUAUUGUACCUAUCCUUGAGAUGAUGCUGGCUUACAGGAAGUUAUAGGGAAUGGAAUGCCAUGUUUAGCUCGUAAUGCUUGUCCAUGUACCAGGAAUUUAAUAUGAGAGCAGCAAAGAAAGCAAACAAAGCUUAUUCCCCUCAACAGCCUUCAAGGCCGCCGUACUGAUGGGCCUCUUUAACAUUAAUAAAACCAUUAUAUUACAUGUCCUUCAGCAGAUUUUCUCUUCACACUUUUGCCAGCACUUAGGCUGAUCACUCGGUUUAUUUCCUCACGAACAAAAUGAAAAACUACGAGUGAGUAUUUCACAAGGAGAGGAUCUUUCACACGUGUGCAAUUCUCUCAGGAAACAGCUCCGAGCUCACUGCUGUUGUGAUGAGAAUUGCUGAAACUGUGCACUAUUAGCUGCCUUUUUUGCCAUUUAUCUUGACCUACUGUAAGGUGACUAAUAGCAUAUGGACUCCAGUGCCCAGCUCUCAGCUUCUCGCCUGGAUGUGUGUUCACGUCUCCGCUCUUCUAACAACCAAGCCGAAGAUAGUACCAGUACUGUACAACACACAUGUAAUUAAUGUCAUCCUUGUCAUCAUGUACAUUAAAAGACUUGCUCCUGGUGUUUUCAUUGUAAAUGCUUCUGAGGCCAUGGCUAUGUGACGUUGUAGUGUUGGUGAUGCCAUUUGAUCCGGUCUUAAUUUUCAUGUAGACGCAGAACUGUACAGAGACUGAAACAGGCCACAACUCAACCCAAACCUGAAGCAUUUAAACAAUUAAAAACAACAUUUCUCUCGUCUCUAUCAGUCACAACAAAGACAGUAUCUCACAGUCUGGUUUCUCAGUCUACAGAGUGAUAAGAAAGCUGCUUGUUUUUAUGCUUUCAUCAUCUUACACUCACUUUUUUUAUUUUUAUUUUUUUUACAACUAAACAAGUAACUGGUGUAUCCGCUUCAGUGUGGGUUAACUUGAUGUUUUUGUACUACACUGGUGUUUCUGCAGGCUCUCUGGCCAUUGGCUAACCCAUACUUGAGGAUGCUAGUUUAUCAUCAACAGCUGUCUUACUGUAAUAAGACGUGAGUGGCAAAAGAGUUCUUCAUGGUCAGUGUGCAUGAGAGCAGUCUGUGCUACACGUCUAUUCCAGUAAGUCUGUCUGUCUCAGUGUGUCGCAUUUAAAAAAAAAAUCCUCAGGGCAGAGCGAAGCUGGCCUUGGGCAGACUCAGACAAACUACAAUGUGCUUUUUGUGCUGGAGAGGGCCCCGACAGAUGACCAGAGCAGGGUCAGAUAUCUUCUGUUUUUAACCUGCUUGAGAUGCAUGAUGGGUAGAAUCUGGUGCAUCAAGUCAAAACAGCGCGAGGAGACAUUUUAAAGGAUGUUAAAUUGAGUCAUUGUCUAAACUUUCAGUCAUUCAGGUGAUUUUCAUACGAGGCGAACCUCACAGAGUGUGUCCACGCAGGUUAAAACCAGCCAAUAAUCACUGACUUAACGUAUGAAGACCACUUCUAUAAAAGCCAUGGAGCUCUGUCUUAAUCCAUAAAACAGAAAGGAAUAAGAAAAAGUGAUUUUCCAUUGCUCAUAGAGACCAACAGCCAGCCUACGGACACAGCACCAACCCCCCCUGACCUGGGUAUCUACUGAAGACUGUAGAUACAGCUUUCUAGUUUACUAUUGACCAUUGCCUCAAAACAUCAUCAUAGCUUCACUGUAUAAAACUGGCUUAUGUAUGUAGCGCGUGUGUGCUCAUUAUUAACCUUCCUACAUGCAUUCAUACAUGAGGCAUGAGAUACAUAAAGAGUUGGCCCAAACAGCUAACUUUCUACUCUCCACUGAGCUAUGGUUACAGUGGUAACCCUCUUAUUUUAAGUUUAUUCUUUUUCUUUUCCUCCUUUGUGUGUGUAUAUACAGUAUGAUGUUUCUACAGUAGAAUGUUGUAAAGUCAGCAGAACCAUGAGAUCGUGUUUAUACAACUCAACAUUUAAAAAUUUAAACCGCAAAAUGUAACUAUCAUGUUUGUACUUCCCUUCCCAUGGGAAACUUAAGAUUCAAUCAUGGAUUAUGACGCAGCAAUGUCCUGUUUUUUUUCUAUUUUACUUUAUUAUGGCAUAAGGUAACUGCAGUCAGUUUCUAAAAAAAAUGAUAUGUAAUAAAGAUAUAUGAGAAAAUGUUCAUAACACAAAAUAAAGUUGUUUGAAUUCAGUGUUCUGUAUUUGAAUGUGACUUGAGCUGUCGGGGCAAGUAAGCUUUUUUUUUUUUUUGAGAUAGCUUGGAACACACAGAAUCUUAAAUGGCACUGUUGUGUUUAUCACCAUGUAACAUGCAAAUAAAAUAAUAUAUGUAUUGUUA